CUAUUUCAGAUUGUUGCUGUUCAUCUCUAAGUAACCGUGUACUAGUCCCUGCAACACCCGUUUCACAGGCUUCCCAUUAACGGUCCUCAUUCCUCAUUCCAACAAUCUCCCGGACAGGCUGGAUGAAUGAAACAUGCUUCGUGUUUACAUGGCUGGUGCCUCUGCAGACUCAGCGACUCAGUCCAAGUUGCACGGCCCCUUCUUCGCCCUCCUCUCUCUCCUCGACUUCUGCUUGGUCGGUUGGUUAAAUCAGUGAGUGUUGGUGGGCGUGUGCAUGUGUGUGCACUGGUGAUCCAAAAGGCGCAUGCGAACUGAGGCCCAAAAGGGAAAAGCCUUCCACAGAUCUAAGACAGCUGCCCUACUUUAAACAUUUCAUUGCGGCAAGAGAGGGGAACCCUGUGUGCGUCGCCCCCCCCCACCCCCAAAGGCCACUGAGGACCAGGUCCUUCAGUUUCUGAUUGCCAGACCUCAAAGGGCAUUUGCUGCCCUGAAAGGUAAACUGACCUCUGGGGGUGAAGAAGAGUCGGUUUGUGUGUGAAGCCUUGUGGUGGAGGAGGGAACAGGCAACGGUUUGCAGAAGGCGGGAGGCCGCGCUGGGCUCCUGCACCGUCUAGAAAGGAGACGAAGCAGUAGCCGGGAAGAGGGGACAGAGCAGGAGAUGGCCACGGGAGGAAUUACCACACUUCCCCCCACACCUGAAGAUGGCGGCAGCGGCGGCUUUCCUCCUGGAAACUUCAAGGAUCCUAAAAGGCUGUACUGUAAAAACGGAGGCUUCUUCUUGAGGAUAAAGUCUGACGGGGGAGUGGAUGGAAUCCGGGAGAACGACCCUCACAUAAAGCUUCAACUUCAAGCGACCUCAGUCGGGGAGGUGGUCAUCAAAGGGCUUUGUGCCAACCGCUAUCUGGCUAUGAGCCGAGACGGGCGACUGUUUGGCGUGAGGCGUGCAACAGAUGAAUGCUACUUCAUAGAACGACUUGAGAGCAACAACUACAAUACCUACCGCUCUAGGAAGUACCCCACCAUGUAUGUGGCACUGAAACGGACUGGUCAGUACAAGCCUGGAACUAGAACUGGACCUGGUCAGAAGGCCAUUCUCUUUCUUCCAAUGUCAGCCAAGUGAUAAACUCGGAUCACGGUGAUAAUUUUUUUUUCCGAGCGGUGUUGUUAAAGAUGAGAAUGUGACAGCAUUGAAGAACAACGUUCCACCGACACUGCCCAAAUUAUUGCUGUGAUGCUUUUUGUUGGUGUGACGUUAUAUAUCCUGAAGACUUUUGAUGUGAUUUGUCCUGCCUUUGUAGUAGGACCUGGAUUUUACUGCGAGCAAACCAACUCCUCCAUACGAGUAAAUGCCUUGCUCCAGUGCACUGCAAUAGCACAUCAAUAUUCCUUCAAACAGAUGAAGCAAUUUUAACUAAAUGUAAAAACAAAAAGAUCAGACAAGUAACUAAAUAUUUAGUAAAGUUCACCUGCUUUUUAAGCAUUUAUGGGCACUUAUGAUACAAAUUUUAGUUUUACAAAAUAGAAUAACAUAAUACAGCCAAACAUAUAUUACAUUUAUACAGUAUUUUUUUUAUACAAUAUCAUUUCUACACAAAGAAUUAUCUUAAGAUCUUUAAUUGUAUUUAUAAACUUUUUUGUAACUGAACAAUUAAAAUAACACUUUAAAACAGUGCAAUUUAAAUAUUUGUGCAAAAAUGUCCAAAUCAUCACUGGUUUAUUACAUGCUGAAGCUUAUAAAUUUCAAAUGUCCAAUAGUUGACUUUUCCGGCACUGCAGUCAAUUAGCCAAAGUAAUAAUCACAGUGUUUGAUUUAAUGUUUGAAAAUAACGAGUCAGUCUAAUUUGGCACAACAGUCAGCAAUCAGGAUAAUUCAGCACAGUUAACAUAGUGGUUGUUUUGCAGGUAAACAUAACAAAAUGUGUUGUUGAAAUUAUCUCUAUCUAGCCAACAGGCUAAUGCUGUGCCACAGUCAAGUAGGAAACGUGACCAUUACAAAGGCUUUUUCGAAUGGCUCAUACUGUGUCAAAAGUAAACUGACCAAGAAGAUGACUUUUGACUAUCAAACGAAGAACUUUGUAAGGCAACCAGAUUUACUGCUGCAAGUAGCUGACCAGACAAGCUAGUUCUUAUAAAGUCAACACCGGUUGUGACAAGAUUCAUUUUCUUCUUAAAAUGUAAAAUAAGGAAUUAUUUCA